AGGGAUAUAACCUUCAGAUUUCCAGUGUGGUUUUCUAUAUGAGUUUGACCUCCGUAAUAAGAAAAUUUGAUUCCUAAAAACAGAUUAUUAAUACACAUCGAAUUGAAAUGAAAAAGUAUAAAGAAAGUGCUGUCCUACUAGUGUUAUUUCUGAUAAAUAUUGCAUAUUGUGACAUAUGUUAUAAUUUUUUAAAUCGCGAAGAUCCUUGUGUCACUUUAUGUGAAAAAACACCACUUUCUUUCACAAACAGCAAGUACAUUAAGUCUUGUUGUCAACGAGGUUGUAGAUUUUUCAAUUUAGUGGACUUGAAUUAUGGAUUGGAGCCCAAUGGUUUAAAUGGCACUAGGGAUGCCUGUGAAGCUUCAUGCACAGAAGCGUAUGCAGAACCACAAGAUCGCUAUGCUUGCAGCACUGGUUGUGACUUUAUGGCCAAACAACGUGUCUCCGACUUGUUAUCACUCUUUUCUAUUGCUAUCUAUGUAGAGGAAUAUGUAGAUUCUAACACCUUACUAAUGUAUCCUGAUAUACCAGAAAAUGAUAUUCUAACAGACCCUGGUAUUCGAAAAGAGCUUCUUCCAAGAUGGUGGGAUUCCAAUGGGUUUAAAUUACCUCAGACUUAUAUUAAAACUGUUCCAAUGGAUGGUGGGACCAUGGACUAUGAGACCCCAUCAGAUUAUUCAGGAGAAUCUGAACCAACUUCAUCAUGGAUACCCGGAUCCGAUUGGUUUCAGUGUGCAUCAAGACAUGCUGGUAUGCCUUCAGCACGUUUUGCUUCUGCUGCAGCAGCUGCAGUAGCAUUACUUGCAGUAUGUAUGUAUUUAUAUAGUGUAUCUUCAGAAAGAACACAUGAUAACAUAAAAGAAUUUCUUAUUGAUAAGUCCGAAGCAUCAGAUAAAAUCACAUUGUAUAUACCAGAUGAAGAACCAUUGCAUAAAAUGCCUCCUCCUAAGUAUACUGAUGUUAAUAAUGAAUUGGAUGUUAACUUAAAAGUUUAAGUACCUUGUUAUUGAAGUAUUAAGUCAUUUUGGAGAUUAUUAAAUAUAAUUAAUUAAUUAUUAAAAAAAAAUUAAAUAUAUUCAAUAAAGUUUGAAUAUAUAUAAAAUAAUAUAUUUACAUCACAGUUGCCCUUUACAUUCUGGCACUGUUGAAGUGUUUGCUUCUCAUAAGAUGCUAUUGAAAAAUUCAUAAGUUAAAUACGAGUUUUGAUAUAAUAUAUAUGUAAAAAUAAACAACAAUUUAAGUCAUUAAUGUUUCAUGCUUUCAACUUUAAUAAAUAAUCAAUUCAAAAUUGAUUAUUCCAAGAAAGUAUUAAUUGAGUGCAAUAAUAUAGAACAGUAUAUAUAUUUGAAGUAUUUCAUGUGUCAUAAAUUUUCUUACAUAAGUAGUUAUAAUGUUUAUUGUAAUAUUUUUGUUGUCUUGAAAAAAUUAUUAUGCAAUGUGAUACUGAUGCUUUUUACAUUCAAUCAAAAUAGUGAAGAUGGUUAAUGUAUGCACGUGAUAGACUGGUUUAAAGACUGUACAACUUUUUUACAU